AUGUCGAACCCGCAGAACUUUUUCCCUUCCCUCCGCGAUGUGGCUGAACAAACAGAUGCAGCGAAAGAUAACACUCGAGAUGUUCAGGACGCCGUGGAGAACGACGGGAAGCCAUUGGAGGAAAUAGAAUCUCUCUGCAUGAAAUGCGGGGAGCAGGGUAUCACCCGGAUGCUGCUGACUUCAAUCCCGUUCUUUCGAGAAGUCAUUGUUAUGUCAUUUAGGUGUGAUCAUUGCGGCACAGCCAACAACGAGAUUCAGACAGCAGGCCAAAUACGGCCUGAAGGUACAACAUAUACUCUGAAGGUGCUCAACUUCGGCGACCUCGACCGCCAAAUCAUCCGCUCCGAGGCGUGCACGGUUGAAAUCCCGGAAUAUGAACUCAUACUCCCUCCAUCUCGGGGCCAGCUCACAACAGUUGAGGGAUUUCUGCGGGAUAUUAUCGCUGAUCUGAGCUUGGAUCAACCAUUACGACGGAUACAAGACGAGAAUACAUAUAACAAGAUUGAAAAGCUCAUCACAAGCCUCAAGGAGACAAUCGCAUUCGAGGAGGAGGAUGAGGAUGGGGAGGGCAGUGCAUCGCAGCAGGGGAGAGAGAAGCCCGUGCCGGAAGACAAAGUUAACCCGUCGCUGACGAUCAAGCUUGACGAUCCGUCGGGGAACUCGUUCAUCGAAUUCAGCGGGAGCAUGUCCGAUCCGAAAUGGAAUUUCAAGACGUAUGAGCGGACGACGAAGCAAAACAUUGCGCUAGGUCUCUUGCCGCCGGAAGCUGACACGGAAGCGCCUAAGACAGUUUCUGGUCCCCAAGACGUGUCGACAGGAACGGAUGAAGAAGCGCCGACACUGGAGAAUGAGGAAGUGUUUGAGUUUCCUGGGAUAUGUUCGCGGUGCUACCAACCCUUAAUAACGCGGAUGAAGAAGGUUUCUAUUCCUUAUUUCAAGGAUACACUGAUCAUGUCGACAAACUGUGAGAAUUGCGGAUAUCGUGAUAAUGAGAUCAAAUCGGGUGCCGCCAUAUCAGAGCAAGGCAAGAAGAUUACGCUCAAAGUGGAGGAUCAGGAGGACCUUGCUCGCGAUAUCCUGAAGAGCGAGACUGCAGGGUUGACGAUACCUGAGAUUGACCUCGUGCUGCAACCCGGGACGCUCGGCGGUCGCUUCACCACUCUUGAGGGUAUUCUCGAUCAGGUCUAUGAAGAGCUGUCAGAGAAAGCAUUCACACGUGAAGACUCUGUUGUGUCUGGAGAAGACAGAGUAUCAUUCGAGCAGUUCCUCCAGAAGCUCAAGGAUGUUUGUGCUCGCAUUUACGUCAAGUCUGCUGCGAACCCAUUCACCCUGAUUCUAGACGAUCCGCUCGCAAACUCCUACCUGCAAAAUCUGUAUGCCCCGGAUCCUGACCCAAAUAUGACGAUUGAGACAUACGACCGGUCAUGGCAGCAAAAUGAGGAUCUUGGUCUCAACGAUAUGAAGGUCGAGGACUACGAGGAAGACGCCGAUAAGGUGGACAAGGUUGAAGGAGCUGCAGUGGAGACGAGCUAA